CAAGACUCAAUAUUUCCCCCCUCCCAAAGCACAGGAAUCAGAAAGGUCCCUGCAAUCAAGGCGCCUUAUUUCUUCGGAGAGCACAAUCUUGCAGUGACAGAGCUUUCACAGCAGCCCCGUGUGGGACCAUGGGCGCAAAUCUUGAAUGAAAUAAUUUAAGGCUGGCAGCAAUUUUCCGAAUCGAAGGAGGCAGAAAUCAUGGUCGCUGCUCGAGCCGGGCCGCCUGCGUUUCACUUCAUCGCGCUAUUCCGAGCAGUUUAGGCAUCCUUCCAGCCUCCCAUCCUGGACCCCAGUCAUGGACGCCGCGAGCCACGACGAGCUCGAUGAAUCGUCCGCCAUACCUAUCCCUCCGCGUCGUCGAAUGCACCGGACUCAACAAGGCUCUUCUCAGCGUCGCCAAUCCCUGCCAGCCCGUUCACUGGCAGCGUCGGAACCGUUGUCCACUGACCAUGUACAUAUCCAACCCGCAUCUCCAGAGGUCAUUUCCUCCCUCAUCUCCUCCCUUUCCACCAUCUCGAGCCCCGCGCGGAAUCAUUUCGACAGUCUUCCAAAAAUUGGGUCCCGUACUGCUCCUUCCUCACCAAAUUGCUUGCAAUCAGAAUUUCCGCAAGAUGAUCUAGCGCCGCCCCCCAGUCCUGGGUUUGGGAUGGAUUAUGGGGCAUACAGAACACCACUCGAUGAUUCUAUUUCCGAUUUCUUACACCCGGACGAUGCUGCCAUAUCACCGGUCGUCCGCAUGUCUAAACCCCCUGCGCGAUCGCGAUCCCGCCGCUCCUCUCGAAGCACCAAACGUGAAUCAUCGCUGAUCCGAUCUGGAUCUCGGGCGUCGUACGCGUCUUCACAAAAUGGGAAGGACGAAUUCUCUAGCUUUGGGAUAGUCAGUUUGGAACCCGGUCCCCGGCUGUCUAUGACAAGUAUUGCAUCGUCCAGCAGUGGGGGUAGAAAGAGCCUGAAAGCUCCGUUGAGUAUCCUAAAAAGGUCGUCGCGGGAAUUCUUCAAGGACAAGGAUGCUGAUCGCUUAAGUGUGGCGGACGGGAACCGUCUCAGCAGCUCGAGAAGCCGGUUAAGUCUGCGCUCGACCCCUUCGAUGGCCGAUUUGGCGGAGGAGGGAAGCGGUGAUGCAGAGCACCUACAGCCUCCUGAGGAUUCUACUCCACGGCGGGAUUCGGCGCCUUCUCUAAAUUCCUCUCACACUGCAACUGACUUUGUUACUUUAAGCCCUGGAGGCAUUGGAAGUGGCAGAUUUAUUCCUGCGCGAGAGUCAUCUCUACGCUAUAAAAAUGGCGGAGCUUCGAAAAAAAGACGAUCCACCCGUCACAGUAUAUACUCUAGCAGAGAUUUCACCAUUGACCGCGACAUUGCAGAAGUGAAUGGGGAGAAUGACCGAACGCCGAAGGGGUUUACGGAGACCAACAAUCAGCAGCAAAAUCACAAAGAUAGCUCACAUGCCAACGAUAAGCCAGCAGGACAAUACCCUUCCACCCCUAAAAUAAGUCCACAAUCAUCUGUGAAGCAUGUCACUCCAUCUGGCACGUUUAAACAACGAGAUUCCGCUUCUCUGGAACAGACCCGAUUCACCCGACUCGAGCUGAGUUUCGACCUUGAAGAAAGCGCACCUUCACCCACCGUUCAAACCCGCCGAACCACAUCAGUUAAAAAGAGAAACAGUGGCCCGCUUGCGUCUAAAACGACAAAUAUGCAGCCAAUGAUGGGGAAACAAGAAAGGCAUGAGCCCUUGCAUAAAGCUGGAAAGCGACGUUCUAAUGGUGCAAAUUCCGAUACCAGAAGUCACCGGAGGGUUUCUUCCGGCGUGCCUUCACCAGUUCCGCAAACACCGACAGGUGCAGACGAACGACCAUCGAGCGCGGAUUCAGUGGACGAUGCUGUACGAGCUUACAUGAUGGCUGCAAGGUUAACCCAAAAAGUGCGACACCCGCAAACGGGCCGGACAAUAGCAUUCUCUGAAGUGGGCGACCCUGGGGGGCAUGUAGUGUUUUGCUGUGUGGGAAUGGGUCUCACAAGAUACCUUACUGCAUUUUAUGAUGAACUCGCAAGAACCCUCAAGCUGCGGCUGAUUACACCUGACCGCCCUGGAGUUGGUGAAAGUGAACCUUGUGCCGAUGGCUCAGGACCUCUUAGCUGGCCCGAUGACUUGGCAACCAUUUGUAAUCACUUAAAGAUUACAAAGUUUUCGAUCCUAGCGCAUUCUGCUGGUGCAAUAUAUGCCCUUGCAACCGCCUUGCGCAUGCCUCAGCACAUCCGAGGACGACUUCAUUUGCUCGCACCAUGGAUUCCACCUUCACAGAUGUCCGGAAUGGGGUCUCAUAAGGACCCUCUCCCGGCUAACGCACUUCCUUACUCCCAACGCAUUCUCCGGGCUUUACCAACGCCAAUUUUGAAAGUCGCGAAUUCUCGUUUCAUGACUACGACCAGUGCGAGUGUCACAAGCAGUCUGCCAAAGACAUCCCGCAAAAAUAAACGACUUAAUGCACUCGCAAAAGAUAAAGAACUCCCCGCGCCCGUGCAGGCCGCAACCACUGCCGGAACGGACGCCGGAAACGGUUCAACAACUGUGCCUCGAACCUCAGUUCACCGCCAGUCGCAAGAUAUUGUGUCACGCGCAACUUCUGAUCCUUCUGGUCCAAACGCUGAAUCUGCCAUCCUUGCUGCUGCCGCUGCAAGAGAAGAUCGUGAACGACAAAGCGAUUACGAUAACCGCUUAACCCAUGCUAUCUGGGAACUAGCCACGACCAAUGCGAAUCCAGCCGUUGACCUACUGAUCUGCCUCGAGCGCCGACAAACUAUUGGAUUUAGGUAUAAUGAUAUCACACGUUCUGUUGUCAUACACCACGGCUCUAAAGACACUCGAGUGCCCGUCGAUAAUGUCAGAUGGCUUGGAAAAACUAUGAGACGGUGCGAGGUCCGUGUCCUCGAAGGUGAAGGCCAUGGCCUUAUGGCUUCCGCCACAGUUAUGGGGAAUGUGCUCAUGGAAAUGGCAAAAGAAUGGGAAGACUGGACGACUGUUGUUCAAGGACGACGAGAUAGAAGAGCCACGGUGACCGCACGUUAGAUCCUCAGAUAUUUUAUACCCACAUUUAUUUCAUUCUCCACUGGUAUUGUCCCAAUAACCUUCUUGCUUUACUGUACUAACAUAGAUUGCGACGGCCUUGUGGGAGAAGAAUCGGACGGAAUUCCCAAGUUGAAUCAUGUUUUGCAAAAGCCCCAUGUGUAUGGCUACAUGCCCACCCAAUUGCACCGCACUCAUUCCAUAUUUAUGACCCCUUUACCACUAAUUUGUAAUCUUGGGCUUAGGAGCCACCAUGGCCAAAGCUGUGUAUUUGUGAUUUGAUUGAUAUCCAGUUUCUUGAUGUACAAUUCUUCCCUUCAUUCUACCCCUACUUCUUUUUGCGGCCUUUUGUGCUAUGCGAGAUUGAUUUCUUGCUUUUGUGCAGAGCAUCCAACUGUGCCUCGUUUUAUUUUUUUUUGAGAUACCUCCUAGCCCAUCCGUCAGAUGGCUUUUUCAUGUAUGCAUGGAUCUUCCUUUCACUCCUCGAUGGCUAGAUAGUUCCCUAUUUACAUAAAUUCAACUGCCUGUUCCUAUUAA